CCAAGACUGCCACCAGCAUCAGAUUUCUCGCUGUGAGAGAGAGGGGAUAGCGCUCGCUUUAUUGAGAGGGACGAAGAGAGAGAGAGAGAGAGAGAGAGAGAGAGAGAGAGAAAGAGAAACAACUCUGGACGACUGAAGACUUGCUGCUGCCACAAACACAUAACGACAGAAACACCUAAAGAAAAACAGCUAAAUACAUCUGUAAAAGUUACAGAUCGAGCCAUGGACGGGAUGGUUACAUUUGGACGCGCUUCUCUCCUGUGCACCUUGCUGCUUUGCUUUUCAUUGCAAGUGUGCUGGGCCAUCGUGACAGUGACAGUGACUCCCAAGGUGGAGGUGAUCAAGGGAGAGUCAGCCAGUCUGCCCUGCACCUUCAAAAUCCCUCCCUCCCCGAACAACAUCGUGGAGUGGUUCAUUGAGGAGGGUGGCACCAGGAAGCGUGUUGCGUUCCGCUCCGUGUCGGGUGGCGAAGGGAAGAGUGAUGAGGGGACACGUCUGUCCGACAGAGUGACCAUGGGAAGGGACUUCGCUCUGACCAUCUCCCCCGUGACGGUGGAGGACCAGCUGCCCUUCUACUGCCAGGUCACUGCUGGCCCUGCCGGGGUUGGAGAGGCCAUCACACAGCUCAAAGUCUUCUUCGCUCCAGAGAUGCCAGAGGUCACUGGAUCCAACCAGGCCAUAUCUGUUGGUGACUCCUCCACACAGGUGGGCCAGUGUGUGAGCCAUAACGGUCACCCCCAGCCCAGGAUCAUCUGGUUCCAGGACUCCAAGCCUCUGCCUGAGGUCAAGGACAACAAAGAGAAGGUGUACAUGGUGCCGUCAGUGGUAAAGGAAGCAUCUGGUCUGUUCACCAUCACCAGCACUCUGAUGAUGCAGCCCCAGAAGGCUGACAAGGACAGCGUGUACCACUGCACCGUGGAGUACAGCAUGCCCAACGACAUGAUCAAACAGAUCGACUCUGACACCUUCUCCCUCACCCUCAACUAUCCCUCUGAGACAGCGACCUUUGUCCUGGCGAACAAUGAGCCAAUCAGAGAGGGUGACGAGGUGAAGAUGAUGUGUGAGACAGAUGGAAACCCUCAGCCUGAGUUUGAUUUCUCCAAGGAUGGGAUAAACAUUAAGGAAGGAGUUGCAGGGGGACUUUUGACUCUGAAGUCCGUCAAGCGUUCGGAUGCUGGGGUGUACAAAUGUAUGGCCACUGACUUUGAUAACCUGGAUGCUGAUCUUAAUGGAGAAGUCACCCUCUCUGUCCACUACAUUGACCCAAUGAGUGUGAGGCCUGCUGGUCCAUUGUCGACAAUGAUGGGAGACAUGGUGGAGCUGCAGUGUAAGACCAAGGCCUCAGAUUCACACACCGUCCAGUGGAAGAAGGGCUCCACGGUGCUGUCCCAGACUGGUGUCUUGUCUCUAAAGUCGGUGACAUUCGCUGAAGCUGGCGAGUACUCCUGUGUGGGUGCAGUGCCCUCUGUGCCUGGGCUCACCGCCAAGGCCAGCGUCAAUCUCACCGUCUCAGGUAAACCUGAGAUUGACACAGCUGUUGAUGGAAUGGUGGAGAAGGAGGGAGACAUGGUGACUCUGUCCUGCUCUGCUCACGGACACCCUGCCCCGCAGUUCACCUGGACACCCUCAGGAAAGGAAUCAGUGUCGGUGAAGGGUAACAAGGUGGUCAGUAUGGUCAUGCUGGAGGCCAGUGCUGCGGUCCUGAUGGACGGGGUCACCUGCGAGGCCAGUAACGACCACGGCGCAGCCUCCCAGGCCUUCAAAGUCACCACCAAACAAGCCGUCGAUCCCAACGCAGCCAAUGAUACAGGCAGAGGGAACCAUGUGCUUAAAACAGCUGAUAAGCAGCAGGGUGGCUCCAGUGGCGUGGUGAUAGCCGUGGUGGUGUGUGUCCUAAUGCUGCUGCUGCUGGUGGCACUCCUCUACUUCCUCAACAAGAAGGGCAAGCUGCCCUGCAGCAAGAAGGAUAAUAAGGAAGUGGAAAGUGGGAAUGUGAAUAAUGACAUUGUGGUGGAGAUGAAGACAGAAAAGGCCAAUGAAGAAGCUGGCCUCCUGAACAAGCCAGCAGCACAGCAGUGAGGAACAGAGGAGAAUAUGACACAAGAAGACAGAAAGAGAGGGAUGGAUGAAAAACGACUGCAGGGCUUGUUUUAUUUUUGAUAGAGGGAGCAAUCGGACUGAGGGAGGAAAUAGGGAUGGUGUUUUUGUAGUGAUGGGGUGUAACCAUGUGGGGGGGGGGGUAUUUAAACAUGAGACCUAAUACAUCACUGAACAUCAACUGACUUCAUCAUGACAUUAUCAGAGCAUAAUCCCUGUCCACCAAUCACAACUCUUGGUUGACUCCCAUAGAGCUGUACGGUAAACACGUGACAAUGUGACUCUAGCCAACUCCAGUAACCCUUCUCUACCCCAAUCCAAACACAAAAUGCCAUUAAGUCACUGUUUGUUGCAGGAGUGUGUGUGCGUUUGUGAGUGUGUGUGUGUUUGUGAGUGUGUGCUGUAUUGCUUUGUGUAUCUGAGCUGUGGGUUGUUCUUCGUUCAGUCAGUGUGGAACUGGAUGUGUCUGUUCUGUGUGGAGUCUGCAUCUAGCCCAUUCUGGUGGACAUGGGAAAAACACAAACUGUCAUGCUAAUGUAUUCAUCCCUACGCUGAUUAUUGCGUCACUCUGAAUUCUAUCCCGUAACAUAGAGAUCGUGCCUACAAUUACAUAAAAUGUAAUGAUCAUAUUCCUUGCCCAAUACGAAGACCAGCAGCAUAUUUGGCACAAUACUUAAGAUGUACUUUGGAACAAAACUUUUCGGUCGACCAGGGCAAGCCAGUCCUACUUAUACAAGUCAAAAGUCAUUCCAACCUAAAUCCACUCCGGCCUUCUGAUAAGAGCCUAUAGUAGUGUAUAUAAUUCUAGACUGUUCUAAGCUGGGGGAACAUACCCCCUAUCUCCCCGUUUGCUUUGGUCCUGGCCAGAGUCCUCUCUUUACAGGAUGACAUGAAAUAGAAGACUCUAGUCCCUGUGUAUCAAUUCUUUGUUUAGUUUUUCAUUUAAAAUUAGUAUUAUGUCUAUUCAUUUAUUCAAAUUCCUUUCAGCUGUUACCUUAGCAACAGCCGAGACAAUUUCUAGCUUACUGAUCCCUUCCUGUGUAAAUGUUUUAUUUUUCUCAAACCAAAAAGCAACAAAAACGACAAGCUAUUGGGUGUACAAAUUAGUUUCAAAAUGUUGACGAAAUGUAUAUUAUGUAUCAGGUCAUUUGUUUUCUUCUUUUUGUUGCUCUGUCUCUGCAAACGGAAUACUGUAUAACCUGUCAAUCAAAUGGAGGCUUACUGUAUACGUGAGGUGAAUCUGAAUGAAUCUGUGUGUUUACUGUGUUGUUAGAGUCCUGACCCUGCUACAGCUCUCACUGUAUUCCAUAGCCUACUGUCCUUCUCUGAGCAAAGCCAUUUUCAGAAACACAACACUCCGUGUUACGCUCAGCUCACCCAAUUAUCAUCCCCUAGCUCUGGAAAAUUGGAGUAAUCUGGCAAAAUGGGGAACGUUUUUGUCCUCAGUUGACAAUCUGAAAUCUUUGCCAGCUGCAUUACCAUUUCCUUCAGCACAGAUUGGAUUUACAGGCCGGAGGGGUGAGCAACACAGUGAGCACAGAUUGGCUUUGCAGGCCGGAGGGGUGAGCAACACAGUGAGCACAGAUUCACCUGCGAAUGUCACAGACACAGGUUAGUCACAGCUUGAUGAGGGAGAGAGGGAGGAGAGCAGGGGAGGUGGGAGGGGGUAGAGUCUGGGGGUGAGGUGGGAGGGGAGAGGGGGUAGAGUGUGGGGGUGAGGUGCAAGGCGAGAGGGUGUACAUGAUGUUAAUUUUUUUUGCCAAAAUAAGUUGAAGAGUUAUUGAGUGUCCUAGUGGGGUGUUCCAGUGUUUUGGUACACAUAUGGUGUCUGUCUCUCCCUGCCUCACACGCUUUUUGUUAUCACCCAUAUUGGCAGCACAAAGAUAUAUGAUAGCUGGUUGCAGUGUCCUCUAUCAUUGGUAUACACUGGAAAAAAUUGCCUUGUGAACAGGUCACUAUAACCACUACUGCUUUUUCUGGGAAUCAUUUGGUUUUUCCAAUGGUGUUUAUAUGUCUAAUGAUUUAAGAAAUCUAUAUUUCCAUAACUUAAUGACUGUUCUGACUCCUGUGAGGUUAGGGGGAGACCAACAGGUGCAUACCUUCAACUUUGGAAUGCUUGGUUUUAUUUGUAACAAAAAAAAAUAUCAACUGAUAUAAAAAAAAGUGUUUUCUUUUCUUUAAAAAAAGGGUGAUUCUUAUACUUCAGAACUACUGAGUUGUGACUUGUGAUGUGUUAUGGUUUGUCCACUGGUUCUAAGAGAAGAGAGAAAGGUUUGAAUUAGGAUUCUUGUCUUGUUAUACAUAUGGAACAAUGUGAGGUUUUUUUCUCUUCCUGGUAUACUGUAUAUUUGGUGGUACGCUGUUCUGUUGUGAGCUCUGUACUGUGUUCUUGUGUCUUCUUAUUGAACUGUGUAGAAUUUAUAACAAAUGAAAACCCACAAAAAAACAACCACA